AUGGAGAAGGAGUGGUCAACAAAGAAGAAGCUGAUCCUCCCCAUCCUCAUCCUUUUUCUCCUCAUUACCGUACAGACAUUCUGGUGUGAAAGUAUCAAACUGGAAAGGGUUCCCUUCGAUAGGCAAUCCGUCAGGGGAUCUUUACAAAACAGAGUAAAGAAAUUCCAGGGGAGUAAACUCGUACUGGUGAGUAACCUACCGAAUGUGUCAGUGACUCAUGGAGAGUUUUUGCACAUGCUGGACGGGGAAGAGGGCCACCAUGUAGGCAAGUUCGUUCGGCUCAGGAGUGGUGGUGACAGUGAUGCGCUGUUGGCCGAGGAUGCCGACAUUUACGACGGACUAGUGAUCAUCCUGGAUGCCUUGGACGACCAAGUGGUCGAAUCGCUAAGCGCCAGCUAUGUAAACAUCUUCAGAGAAAAGAAGAAAAACGUUUUUUUAAGUCUUAACAAUGUAAGCGGGAGAAGCGGGAUGCAAUUCUUAACACAGUUGCAUAUUCAGGUGUAUGGAAGUGGGUCCUAUGUGAAAGAUCCAUUUGGAACUGCAUCACGAGAGGGGGUAGAGAUCCCUGGGGGGAGAAUCAACCAGGGGUAUGCCUUAUACACAGGAGAAAUAAUACGAGAUACGUCAAUCGUUGUUAACCCUUCCGGGGAGAACAAAAGGAAAGUUUUACUCUUCCAAGGGACAGCACAUGUCAUGAUGGGAAAGACGAAGCACAUUCUCUCAGUCGUAACCUGCACACAGACAUGUCUUCUGUACGACAAAAAUGGCAACGUGAUGAAAAAGGCAAAACAGGGAACGAACUUAUCUUUAGUGUCUUCCAGCCAGUGGGACAAUAACUCACGAUUGGUUUUCUCAUCGUCAAGUGACAUUUUCUCGGACCUCUUUUUUCACACAAAUGGGGAGAAUAAAAAAUUGGCCCAAGAGAUACUUGCGUGGAAUUUUAAAAAGAGCGGCAUCGUUCGGUACGAUAAGUUUAAACUGUACAGAGGAGGAGGAAAAAUGAGUCACGCAGCGGAAGACUUAUCAGGAGGUCACCUCUCAGGGGGUGACCUCUUAGGGGGUGACCUCUCAGGGGGACACCGCAUAGCGGCCACUCCCUUUUUCGCAAACGAUUUGAUCCACCUGUCCAUCGACCUUUACGAGUUGAAGAGCAACUUCUGGGUCCCCCUCAAACGGAGGGACAUUCAGUACGAACUCGUCAAAAUGGAAGUUCACAGAAGAGAUUUCCUAAAUCUGUACAGAAAUGCCGACAGUGCAACUUACUACAAAAGUUUUCAUUUGCCAAACGAACACGGUGUGUAUAAAAUAAGGAUAUAUUUCCGCAGAAAAGGCUACAACGUAUUAAAUUUGCAUUUUUUCCUGCCCGUUCGAUCUCCCCUGCAUUAUGAUAAAAACAAAAAAGUGCACUUUGCUUUUUAUCCAUUUUAUACGUACAUUUAUCUGUCUCUUUUUUGUUUUUUCCUUUUUAUUUUGGUCAUUUUGUUUGACGAUUCGGGGGGGACCGCGGAGGAUGGAGGUCAAUGCAGCAGCGGAAAGAAAGACAAAAUGGACUAG